ACUGAAGGCUGACCUUGAAAUAAAUGGCGGUCGAACUAGUUCCAGAUGCUCCGUGGUAUUUUGGUGAAAUAAGCAGAGAAAAAGCUAAUGAGAUUCUUAUUGAUCAGCCUGUUGGAACAUUCUUGAUACGUGACAGCACUACAAAGUCAGGUUACGUGCUUGCGAUAAAAGAGGCCAACGAAGUCAAGCGUUACUUACUUACAUGGGCACCUCAACUGAAAAAGUUCAAGUUUGGCGACACUCUCUAUUCUUCUCUCGAUGAGUUGGUUAGACUUCAUACUUCACACUCUUCGAGUACUCGUAUGAGACAGCCAGCCCAGAAGGCUACUUAUGCUGCUUUAUAUUCGUUUCAAGCACAGGAAGAGGGAGAUUUGUCUUUUCAGAGGGGAGAUUUGUUAACAUUCAUAAGACAAAAGCGGGAGUGGAUUCUAUGUAAAUCAGGCGAUAACCGUAUCGGUUGGGUUCCUUCAAAUUAUUUAACUCCGUUUACACCUGAAAUUGUUGCAAGAUUAAAGGGUCUUGGUGACCAACUUGGAUUAACCUAUUGUCAUAUGCUGAAAUCUGUUCAGUUACCGGCUACUGGAAAGGUUGUAAGGGCUAGAAAUCCCAGUAUCUUCGCGACAAAUCACUUGAAAGUGGAGUGCGAUGAUGAAGUUCAAAUCAGGAAACUACUUCCUGAUGGAUUCUGUGAAGUCUGGCGAGAACGUGAUCAAGUUGGCGGCUUGGUACCAAUUAAUUUCCUUAAGAUUGAAUGUAAUUAAUAAAUAGUAAUCAUAUUUAGACUAUGAUUCAUUGAUGAGGUUGUGAUUUGAUUUCAUAAUGUCCAAUUAUACUUUUCUGAAACUUCUCUAUUUUUCAGUCGUACUUAAUCCUGUGCAUAUAUGUUUGUUUGCUUUUGUAACAAUAGACUGUUUGAAAUGGUAGAUAAAUAUUUUUAUAUGAGUAUGUUUACAGAAAGGUUAGUGCAUGCAUACAAAACGUAUUCUUAUUGGCCCUAGUGUCAAGACAAGUUUUCAUUCUUAGUUGUCUUAGCUUGACUCGAAAUAACAUUUCAAGUACUAAGUUAUUCAAGUCCCUGAACAUGUAUUAUGAUACUACAAUGAUUUACGGAGUUGUUUUGGAUUUAAGUUGUAUUGAAUUUGACGAUAUCUUACUAAGGUUUGCGAGACCACACAAAUUAAUGAUUGAAGAUACAAAGGAAAUCUAACCUCUAUUUGGUUACUGUCUCCUAAAGUGUGCAAGAUCUAAUAAGUAUACCAUUGUUAGCGAAAUCGUUCAUCUAGGCAUAAGCGAAGUUAAUAAUCUGUGGUAAAAACCCAUAAGUAAAGUGCGUAUUAUCUUUCUCAAAAUAGUGUACAACUAUGUAAAAUCUCUAAGACAUGUAUAUUGCUUUGAGUUUCAGUAUUAUAAAGUGGUCGAGGAGAGGAGAAAUAUAUGUAGACGGAGGAAAAAACAAACAAGUGAAGUACGAAUAGACGAUUAACAACCGACUAAAGAGUUAUAAGACAGGAUAAUAAAGAUAUUAUGUCUGGCAUUUCACGAGUUGGCAAACUAUUACUACCACGUACUGCUUUAUUGUUAUGUGACAUACAGGAAAAAUUUCGUCCAACUAUUAGUCAUUUUGAUGCAAUUGUCGAAACGUCUAGUCGGAUGUUAACAGCUGCUCGAAUGCUAGGAAUGUGCAUUGUAGUCACUGAAAUGUACCC